AUGCGCUACUCAUUCAUCGCCCUUGCCUUUGCCGCAACCGCUCUGGCACUUCCCACUCCCACACCUGCUCACAAACCCAAUGACGAUGGCACCUGGGCUCCUGGGAAGUAUGAAGGCGGAGAAACUGGCCAUGACAACGGCCAGUGGUAUCCCGGAAAGUACCCCGGAAAGCGAGCCGACGAUGGCUCCUGGGCACCCGGCAAGUACGAAGGCCAGACCGGCCAUGACGAUGGUCAAUGGAACCCAGAGAAGUAUCCUUCCAAGAGGAACGAUGAUGGGUCCUGGGCCCCUGGAAAAUACGAGGGUGGCCAGACGGGCCACGACGAUGGCCAGUGGAAUCCCGAUAAAUACCCCAAGCGCAAUGAUGAUGGCUCUUGGGCACCCGGAAAAUAUGAGGGCGGCCAGACCGGUCAUGACGAUGGCAAAUGGAACCCUGACAAGUACCCCAAGCGCAACGACGACGGAUCGUGGGCUCCUGGAAAAUAUGAAGGUGGACAGACGGGCCACGACGAUGGUCAAUGGAAUCCCGAUAAAUACCCUAAGCGUAACGACGAUGGCUCUUGGGCUCCUGGGAAAUAUGAAGGAGGUGAAACUGGCCAUGAUGACGGCAAGUGGAAUCCUGACAAGUACCCCAAGCGCAAUGACGAUGGAUCCUGGGCUCCUGGAAAAUACGAGGGAGGUGAAACUGGCCACGAUGACGGCAAGUGGAAUCCCGAAAAGUACCCCAAGCGCAACGAUGAUGGAACUUGGGCCCCUGGAAAGUACGAGGGCGGAGAUACCUGCUUUGACGAUGGAAAAUGGAACCCAGACAAGCAGAACAACUAA